AUGGGCUCCCAACCGGAUUCUGAGUUGCGCAAGACUUGCGAUAGUCCAGAGGUCUCUCCAAAGAACCCUUUGAGACCUUCAGUCUCACGGAAGAGUAUGGUGCGUCCGUUUGACUUUUCUCUGGCUCGCAAAGUUCACAUCGUCGUUGCAGGGAUAUACUUCGUCUUCAACAGCUCCCUAGGUUCUUCCCUGCCAUCGGGUGCACAUGAUGCUAUUGCCGACUAUUUUAGUAUCCCACAAGACGACUUGAAGAUGGUGCUCCCCACUUCACUCUACAUGGCUGGGUUUGCCAUCGGGCCUCUCAUAUUUGGUCCUUUGAGCGAGCGCUUUGGCCGGAAACCUAUCUUGGUUACCACCUUUGCCAUAUAUAACCUCUUUACCAUGGCAUCGCCGAAUGCGGUGCUUGGUGGCCUAUUCUCCGACAUAUACAACGAUCCUCACCAGCGUGGAAUGGUGAUGUCGAUAUUCAUGUUCGCUACGACAUUUCCGCCUCUCUUGGGACCUAUCAUUUCGGGGUUCGUCUCCACUGUAUCUUGGAGAUGGACAUUCUGGGCAGGCUUCAUCAUCGGAGGUGUUGGUUUUCCUCUCGUACUUGUAAUACCUGAGACGUACAUGCCAGUUUUAACUCGUGCACACGAAAAGGCUUUGGGUCAAAGCCGAAUUGACUCGGAAGCAGUCAAACCUCACUUGUAUGAACCCAAACUGUCGGAUAGCAUUGGGGUCGUUCUCAGUCGUCCCUUCACUAUGAUCGUUCAAGAGCCGAUUGUAUUCUGUUGUUCGAUGUACUUGGCUUUGAUCUACUCCAUCCUGUAUUUGUUCUUCCAAGCAUACCCCAUCGUUUUCCAAGGGCUAUAUGGGAUGACACCAGGCGUGGCAGGUUUAGCCUUUCUUCCAAUUUUGCCGGGGUCAAUCCUUGCAUUUGUGCUUUUCUGUUUAUACAGCUCGUACCACACCAGGGCCUUGAAAAACGGGUUAGCAUGGGCCAAAGUGGAAGAGUAUCGCCGAUUACCACUCGCUUGCAUCGCAUCGCCCGCAAUUCCCAUCGCGCUCUUCUGGCUCGGCUGGUCGUCAAGAUCUUCCAUUCAUCCCGUCAUGCCCAUGAUGUCCGGAGUUUUCUUCGGAUUCGGCUAUCUUUUGAUCUUCAUCGCACUCCUUAAUUAUCUGACCGAUGCUUAUAAGCAGUACUCGGCUUCGGCGUCCGCAGCGGCGAGUACAUUACGGUCCAUAUUUGCCGUGUGUCUUCCCUUGGCCACUACACCCAUGUACACCAAGCUAGGCAUCAACUGGGCUAGCUCGCUAUUGGGAUUCUUUGCCAUAGCGAUGGCUAUCAUCCCGUUUGUGUUCAUCAAGUACGGGAGUUGGAUCCGUGAAAACAGCAAAUUUGCCCAAAGAGCGGCGCAGGGAUAUACUACCUCAUGA